AUUUACGCAGCUUCCCAAUGACACGGAGAGGGCUACUUGGGAAAUAAGAAGGGUGUAAUGUGCGAAAUGAUAGAUCGAUACGAGACGAUGUGGCAGCGAAGCAUGUGGUCUGAAAAGGUCAAGUUUAAUUAAAUCUAAGAGAUUAGAAUGCAUUUCUCACGUUCAAGAUGUUCAAGUUAACGCGUUUCUCAAAAACCACCAAAGACAAUAAAAAAAUUUUAUUACACGCACAGUAAUUACAUUUACCGGAACCAAUUCAGUCCCUGCAUACGGGAUUCCGACACCCUAUCGCGCCCGAAAGAGAAUCCGAUCCUACGCAUCUCCCCCUAAAGCCUUAUACACAAAUAUAACAGGAGAGACACCCAUUCCCCCGGCAGUGCUGUGUGAGUGCUCAAAGGAGAAGGGGACUCGUUGCCGAAAUCUCUUAAAUCUCUGCACAAUGUCAGUCGCAACGCCUAUGUAUGAAUUGCCAAAACAGGUGAAAAUGCCCCGGGCCGUGGAAUUGCCGGGGUGCAUGUACACAAUGGAGCCACUGAACCGGUUUUCGAGUAAAGAUCUGGCGCCCUCGUAUUAUGGAUCCACGUGUGCAUCGGCUGCUCUCAUCCAGGGGAGUUCUGCAGACGUAGCAGCACUGGAAGUUCGGCAAGAAACAGUGCUCCAGCGCCUGCGUGACCUCAAAUUACAACUGGAUAAGCUGCAAUCAAGCAAAUUUUCCUCUUUGUCUCCAUCUAAAAGCAACUCCACUGCCAUUGGUGCUGCAGCUCAGUCCUCGCCCCUAAAGACUGGAACUGUACAUGAUUUGGUGAUAUCAGCCAAUCCUAGCAGGCCCCCAUACUUUUUAGCUUUAUUAAGAAAGCUUUUAAAGGAUGCCGGCUAUCCUGUUUAUUCAGUCGACCAUCUUCACUCCUCUGUGCAUCAUGUUGAUGACUCUGUACGAGGAUACUUCUCUGAUAAGCCUCUUGGAGACCGAAAUAAGCAUAACUUGGCUUUUACCGUUCACUGGAAAGAGGUUGAGGCACCAAACUUGAUGGUGAAUCCCUUGCGGCAAACUGUAAUAUCUGGAGAAGCCAACAUUACACGCUACAUAUCUCGACUCUUCCCCCUAAGUUCUCCCUACAAUUAUGAAGCAACAGGAACCUUUUCUUCUAUUGCGGAGACAGACAACCUUCUAGAUCAGUUAGCAUCUCAGGCAGCCAGCAAAAAUAACAAAGAACGACAAGGUGCACUCAGACAAUUAAAUGGAAGGCUUGGAAAGACUUCUUGGUUAGUCAACAAUGAAUGUGGUAUUGCUGAUGUAUUCUUGUGGUCUGUGCUGAAGCAAGGAGGCCUGAAUGUUGGAGCUCCUGCAAACGUUGAUAAGUGGUACAAAAAGGUCGAUGCCAUGGCCAAGCUAGAAAUAAAUACGUUGAACUCUCAGAAUGAUACACAGAGCAAAUCAUCAUCACAGUCUGUUACCCCAGUUCAAACAAUGAAGAAGUCAGAUAACAAAAACAGCCUGACCUCUUGCAAGACUGAGUUUGUUGAUAGAAAUGGCCUAGAAAAGUACCUGAAGAGCUUAAACAUACCAUAUCAGGUACAAGACCAUGAAGAAGUCUUUACAGUGGAUGCCCUCAUGAAGAAUGUGAGAGCAAUGCCUGGCCUACACAUGAAAAAUCUCUUUCUGAAGGACAAGAAGAAAAACCUGUAUUUGCUUUCAGCUCGACACAAUGCCGAGGUAAAGCUCAGUGAGGUUGGAAAACAGUUAGGCACUAAGGAUUUAAGAUUUGGAGAUGAAACCAUAUUGUACAGCACCCUUGGAGUAAAACAAGGGUGUGUCACUGCCUUUGCACUCCUCAAUGACCGCAGUCACCAGGUCAAGUUCCUGCUGGAUUCAGAAGCAUUUAACGACUGUCACCCUUUUGUCAACUUCCAUCCCAUGUCGAAUGCUGCAACCUUAGGAGUGGCACCAAAAGACUUGAAGAAAUUUUUGAAUGCCUCUGGACAUGAACCGACAUUGAUAACAUUCAAUUAAAAUAGCCCGAUUUAACAUUUUACAGAGCUAUGAAUUAGGUUGAUUGGGAAAACAGCUUUAAGCAGUUAUAAUAAUAUAUAAGUGAAUAGAAUUUACAUUGUUAUGUAAAGAUUUUUUUUUAAUGUGUAUAUAUAUAGAUAGAUAGAUAUAUGCCAUGGUUGUAUAGAGAAAAUCACAUGCAAGAGGUUUGCUAUUUUGAGCAUGUUAUUGAUUGUUAGAUUUCACAUUUUUCCUCAUUUUAAAUAUGAGGGUGAAAAAAUUUGUAUUUGCUCAAGUGCAUCAAGAUUCAAUGCAAUACCAUGCUUUAUUACAAUCCAAAUUGAACUAGGGUUUUAUUACAAUAUGAAUUUUUCACUUAUUCUUAAUACAGUGACUUGAUAUUUGGCUUCCACUGAGUAAUAAAUUGUUAUUUAUGU